AUGCGGACGUCGUCGUCGUUCGGUGCGCCGUCCCGGUCGGCGGCGUCUCGCUUCGUGCGUGCAUCGUCGCGUCGCUCGAUCGUCGCGCGCUCGUUCGACGCGAAAGCGCCCGCACCACCGUCGACGCGUCGCGCCUUCACCUUUGUCAGACACGGCCAAAGCACGUGGAACGAGGAAGGACGGAUUCAGGGGAGUUCGAAUUUUUCCGUGUUGACGGCGAAAGGUCAAGCGCAGGCGAACUUGACGAAAGACGUGAUCGCGUUGGAUAAAUUUGACGUGUGCUUGCGAUCACCUCUGGCGCGGGCGCGAGAAACGGCGGAAAUCGCGUGGGGGACGCGCUCGGGGACGGCGUUCGUGGACGUCGACGACUUGAGAGAGAUUGAUUUAUACGCGUUUGAGGGGCUGUUGAAGGAAGAUGGGAUGGAGAGAUACGGUCAGAGCUAUGCGAAUUGGAAAAAGAAUCCGAGCGAGUUUGAAAUCGACGGACAUUACCCCGUGCGAGAGCUGUGGGAUCGAGCGACGCGGGUGUGGAACGAGGCGUUGCUCGCGAGACGCGAAACGAAAAUUCUCGUCGUCGCGCACAACGCGGUAAAUCAAGCGCUGAUUGGCAGCGCGCUCGGGCUCGGACCGGAAUAUUUUAGACGCAUCGUGCAAAGUAAU